AUGGACAUUUCUUAUGCGAUUCGAACUUUACGACCUGCUAGCACGAUUGCCUAUGGCGGGAUCCUAUCAAGUGUCAUCCUUGGGGGAACUGUUUCUUUCUUCUCCUACCAGUACAUAGAUUUUAUGGGUAACGCAUCCAUAGUCUACGGUCUCUUCAUCAUAAUAGUUCUAGCAAAUACAGCCCCUCCUGCCGUGAUCCGCCUGACGGCUGAAUUAAAGAUCGCGACUUCUGAACUUGGCCGAUUAGCCGUGUGUUCUUCAUUGGUCAAUGACAUGUCGUGCUUAUUUCUGUAUGCUUUAAUCAUCGCAACUCACUCUUGGGAGGGCUUUGGCCGCGGAAUCCUCUGCCUUAUGAUCACCGUGGGACUGAUCUUUCUGAACAAGUAUUUGGCUCUUUGGUUCAAUGGACGAAACAGAAACCAGAAGUACUUGAAAAACACGGAGGUCUUCGUUAUAUUGUCUCUCGUUAUAACUACGUCCAUGAUCAUAGAGCUGAUGUCUUACAAUAGCUCAAUCAAUUGUUUCCUCCUGGGUCUGAUGUUCCCUAGGGAAGGCAAAUCGGCUCGUACACUGUUGUUCAAGCUCACCUAUUCCAUCAACAACUUCGUACUUCCCAUCUAUUUUGGCUAUAUCGGGUUCCAGUUUAACGGGCACUAUUUCCAAAAGUUGGAGAACAUCAUUACUGUCAUCUUAUUUGUUGUGCUUAGCAUCGGUGGCAAAGUCGGCGGUACCCUAGCAGCUUGCAAGUACAUGGGAAUUCCCCUGAAUGAGGGCGUUUUGAUCGGUUUCUUACUGAACAUGAAGGGCCACGCUGAUCUGGUGCUUCUGAGUGGUGUUUCAAAGAUUCUGAGUUGGACUCUAAAAUCCCAUGACUUGCUGCUGAUAAUUAUAGUCAUUAACACGGUCAUCUCAGGAGUGGUGAUAUCUAUCAUAAUGAGGAAAGAGGAGAAAAGGCUAGCUCAGGCUCACCGAUCGCUCGAGCUGCAAGACCCGGAAAAUGAACUGCGGCUCCUAGCAUGCGUGUAUGGCCCGCGGCAUGUAGCAGCGACGGUCGGGAUUAUCUCGGCACUGAGAGGCCCCCAGACGGCGCCAAUCACCCCGUACCUGAUGCACUUGGUCGAGCUCCCAGAGAAGCACAAGGACAAGUCUGCGCUGUAUCAUGAGCUCGAAGACGACAAGAUUGAGGUCAACGAGGAUGAUUACGGCGGGAAUGAUGUGCUGGAGAUCAACGAUGCCGUGGAUGCCUUCACGGCAGAUACUAAAGUCUUGAUCCAGCAGGUCAAAGCCGUGUCAACUUUUUCCAGCAUGUAUGAGGACAUUUGCGAUUAUGCUGAGGAUUUAAGAGUUUCCAUUAUACUAGUACCUUUCCACAAGCACCAUAGGAUCGAUGGCAAAAUGGAGAGCGGCAAGGAAGGGAUCAGGACCACCAACCAAAGAGUUCUCCGGCACGCACCGUGCUCGGUGGGAAUUAUUGUCAACCGAGGCCCUGGAGGCGCCCCGGGGUUUACGCAAAUACUAAGCUCCGAGACCACACAGCAAGUCGCCACACUGUUUUUUGGUGGCCCUGAUGACCAGGAGGCUUUGGCCUGCAGCAAACGAAUUGCUACUCAUCCUUGCGUUAAUUUGACGGUUAUUAGGUUUGUGCCGUCGCCAUCGCCAUCGCUGUCGUCCUCGACUGAGAAUGCGGCCCAUCCAGAUGAUGAUGUCUUCUUGGCAGACUUCUACAAUAGGCAUGUCAGAUCGGGACAAGUUAGGUACGUGGAGAAGUGUGUGAACAACGGCACACAGACGGUGGCCGCCCUGACAGAGAUCGGGGACAUGUACACGCUAUUCAUCGUAGGGAGGGGGAGGCGAGGGCAGUCGCCGAUGACCACCGGGAUGAGCGACUGGGAAGAAUGUCCCGAGCUCGGAAUAGUGGGGGACAUACUAGCUUCGUCUGAGUUCAGUAUUAACGGUUCGGUUCUCAUAAUACAACAGCAUAGGAAUCCAGGCAUAUAGUCCUCUUCUGCAUUCGACUUUGUUUCAUUGGAAUGAACCAUGCUCCGCUAGCCGGAAGUCGCUUCCUUCGAAAGGAAGCGAUGACCAGGCCCCUACACAGGAAAUAGUGCAUCUCCAAUCUAUGCAGUGUAUCUAGCAUGUUGGGGGAACCAUGUAUGCUGUGUAUCAUCGUAUGAACG